AUGUCUCACAGGUCGCAAAGAAAAGGAAGCAGGCAGCAAAAGCAACAAAAGCUGCAGUUGCAGGAGCAUCUGCCACGGCAACGAGUACAACGCCGGCGACGAGAACAGCGAGACCAACGGCAAUGGCAAGAACGGCGAGCAGAACGAGGACGACGAGAAGAACGGCGAGAAGAACAGCGAGAAGAACGAGAAAGAGAAAGGAGCCGCGAGGCUGUUCAGGAGACUAUUGACAACAUGUACAAGGAAAAUCAAACUGACUUGCCACAACCGUUCCGCCAGGAGCCUCAAGUAGAGCGCUUUCCGGAGCCUCACAGAGAGCAAUUGUCAGAGCCUCCCAGAGAGCAAUUGCCAGAGCCUCAAGUAGAGCACAUUCAAGAGCCUCGGGUACAGCGCUUACCUCCCCUGAGCAACUUCAAAUUUUGGGUUUGGCUUUUGUCGUUGGGAUUCUGUCUCGGAUAUUGGAUCGGACGGGCGGUCGCACGGAGAGCACCGAGGGCCACUGAGGCUUUCCAUCUGGCCAUUAGAGUCUUUGCACUUGAGGUUGGGCGUUUUGCGUUCAGCUCUCUCAAUCAACUGGCGAGGUCCUUGGCUCAUGUUGUGAGCACGUAUGGGGGAUUCUGGGAGUUCGUGGUCCUGCUGGUGAUGCUGACCAUGUACCUCGCGAGAGAAGAGCCAGCUGGUGAUAAUCCCCACAGAGACGGAAACGUCGCUGACGAGUCUAGCGACGAUGAGUUCUACUCGCUAGAUGGUGUCUGGACCAACGGGAACACUCCUGAGGAACCAUGGGUACUGGAACCGGAUUCAGAUUCAGAUUCAAUAUCAGAGGACGUUGUUGCUAGAGACGCGUGA